CGCCAAUAAAACGAAAAAUCCUUACUCCGAUAACCUAAUUCCAGAUAAAUUUCCGCAUUUAGGUUACGUUCCUAAUAAAUUACACGGAAUUACGAAUUUUUGAGGAAAUUAAUCUGUAAUUCGAUCAAGUGAAUUAAAAUAAAAUAUGGUUUUCUUAUCGUUAAAUCUGUUAGCGAGAUCACGCGGACCCGACGAAUUCUGGCGCAAACGGAAAAUAUUUAAGCUCGCCGCGCAUUACAUCGGUAGAAGGAGGAAUUGUUAUAGUAUUGCCAUCAGAAAUGUGCACAGAGCUCUGGUCUACGCCACUGAUGCCAGAAAAUUGAAAAAAGUGGAUAUUACAGAGUUGCGAGAACAGAGAUUAUCUGCUGCUACAAAGGAACAUGGCAUAAAUUUCACAACUUUUAAAGAGGGAUUGGCUAGAUGUAACAUUCUACUGAAUCGAAAAGUAUUAGCUGAUUUAUCAAUUUGGGAACCUCGAUCUUUCAAAGCUCUUACAGAUAUUGCUUGCGCAAGAGGGAAGCAAGACCAAUUAAAGUCUGUUAGCAAUAAUGAAGUACCCAAAAGCGUUUUUGUAAGAGGUUUGAUUAAAUAAGUUCUCCCAAAGAUUAUGUAAAAUAACAAAGAUAUUCUUUGUUUCUAACAUUUAUUAAGACUUUAUGUUUCCGAAUUUCAUUUCAUUAAAUGUAUCAAUGGUACUGCAGACAUAAAUUAAUUCAAGAUAAUAUAUCUUGUAAUACUAUAAAUACAUUUAAGAAUCACGUAUACAAUGAUAAUCAACAACAACAAUGUAACAUACAUCUUUUAUAAUAUUGUAUAGCUACAUUGCAAGCAGAUUAGAGAUUGAAAAUAUAUGAUAAAUAU